AUGCCAGAUCAGCCACCACCCAACAGAUGCAAAGUGAAAAGGGUGAGCAAUGCUUCCUUCUCGGAGUUUUUCAAGCGUCAGGCUACCGUCACUGACCUCUACCUAUUCAUGCAGGAUGAGGACUCAAGCAAGGCAGCAUGGCUAUACGCAAAGCUCAGCAACUAUUUCGUGUCCGCAGCGAUUAUCUUCACCGUUUGGCAAGCAACUGCUCAACCAGUUGUACCUCGAUUCAUUGAAGGUGUGAUCCAGCUUUCCGUAGAGGGCAUCAUGCUGAUCGAGCUGCUGGCCCAUUUUUUCUCCACCAGGAGCAGCGAGCGCGGAGCGUUCCUGAAGAAUCCGUACAACAUCAUAGACUUUUUCGCCAUUCUACCCGUGGCGCUGCGAAUUCCCUUCGGCAUUGCAACACCCACGAAAGAUGAGAACGCUGCGGUGCACUACUUGCUCUACUGUUGUGUGCCCGUGGUGAGGCAGCUGAAACUCAUUCGUAAGUUCCAGAAAUUACAGCUCUUGCUGCAUGUUCUGGCCACGACUAUGGAUGCUUUGAAGCUGCUACUCUUUCUGGUCUGCUUCAUUGUUCUCAUCUUUGGAUGUGCGUUCUACGUCCUGGAGCCAGAGACCAUGGAUUCCCUGAGCACAUCCAUCUACCUGUGCACCGUGACCGUGACCACCGUCGGAACCUGCGACAUGAAUCCCGUGUCCCCGCUUGGGAAAAUCAUGGCCGGCGCGCUCUGCCUGAUCAGCGUUCUUUUCAUGGCCAUGCCUCUGUCUGUGUUGGGCAACGCUAUGUCGCAAACAUGGGCUGAUCGACACAGAAUCGUCCUGAUCACGCAGACACGCCGCAAGCUCAAAAAUCUGGGUUACACUGCGGAACACAUGCCGAGGCUGUUCUCGAAGUUUGACAAAGAUGGCAAUGGUGAGUUGGAGAUGGACGAGUUCUGUGAUUUGGUAGCGAAGAUGCGGAUAGGUAUGAAGCCCUCGGAAGCAUCAGAGCUAUUCUUGGCAUUUGAUGAAAAUGGCGACGGGGGCAUCACCGAGAUGGAGUUUAUGAAGGCUUUGUUUCCGCUGGAUUAUCGCCGGAUCUACCGCAGGGCUUCCGGUGUAUCAUGGGGCGCCUAG